UAGGCCCAAUAAUGUCAGUCAAUGGGUGUCAGUGUAUUUAGAGUCCAUUCUGAUUUGGAGCCUGUAAAGUACAGAUGAAACCCUUGAGGAAAUACAGGAUGUGCCCAGUUCACAGCUGCCAUCCGCUUCAAUUUAGCACAUCUCCAAACCUGCAAUUAACUCUCUUGAGCGUUUCACUUUGUGGAAAAGGAGCAAACGCAGACAAUGCCAUAAGGAGUGCACAUGGAAGAAAAAGCAGGCAAAUCCAGCAUGGAAAACAAGGUGAAAGAAAUCAUAUAUUCCCCCACUUUAAAGAGAGAGUAAGUUUUAAAGAGGAAACUAUGGCUUCAAACAGCGUAUUUGAGUCAUUUCCUUCUUACCAGCAGUGCUUCAUGAGAGAUACCAGCACCAGCCGCCGCUUCACGCCGCCCUCCACCACUCUGAGCCCGGGGAAGAUGAGCGAGGCGCUCCCGCUGGCCGGCCAGGAGAACAGCGGCGCCCUGGUGGGGAAGCUGAGAACUGCAGACCGCAGCAUGGUGGAGGUGCUAGCGGAUCACCCCGGGGAGCUGGUCCGCACUGACAGCCCCAACUUCCUCUGCUCCGUGCUCCCAACGCACUGGAGGUGCAACAAGACGCUGCCGAUUGCUUUCAAGGUGGUAGCCUUAGGCGAUGUCCCUGAUGGGACACUGGUCACAGUAAUGGCUGGAAAUGAUGAAAACUACUCUGCAGAGCUCAGAAAUGCCACAGCUGCCAUGAAAAACCAAGCAGCAAGGUUCAAUGACCUCAGAUUUGUGGGUAGAAGUGGAAGAGGGAAGAGCUUCACCCUAACCAUCACAGUCUUUACAAAUCCUCCGCAAGUAGCCACGUAUCACAGAGCCAUCAAGAUAACGGUGGAUGGACCUCGAGAACCCAGAAGACAUCGUCAGAAACUAGAUGAGCAGACAAAGCCCGGGAGCUUGUCCUUUUCAGAGCGUCUGAGUGAACUGGAGCAGUUGCGUCGCACAGCCAUGAGGGUCAGCCCACAUCACCCAGCCCCCACACCUAACCCACGAGCUUCCUUGAGCCACACCACUUUUAAUCCUCAGCCUCAGAGUCAGAUUCAGGAUACAAGGCAAGUACAGCCAUCUCCUCCAUGGUCCUAUGAUCAGUCCUACCAGUACUUGGGAUCAAUCGCCACGCCCUCAGUGCACCCUGCCACUCCAAUUUCGCCUGGGAGAGCUAGUGGCAUGACAUCCCUCACUGCGGAACUCUCAAGCCGACUCUCAAGUGCUUCUGACCUAACAGCAUUCAGUGAUCCCAGGGUGGGAAUUGAUCGCCCGUUCUCUACUCUUCCUUCAAUUUCUGAUCCUCGUAUGCACUAUCCUGGAGCAUUCACCUACACCCCAACGCCUGUCAGUUCAGGAAUAGGAAUUGGUAUGUCUGCUAUGACCACUGCCACAAGAUAUCACACUUAUCUCCCUCCUCCAUAUCCUGGUUCUUCUCAGUCUCAAGGUAGCCCAUUUCAGACCAGCUCACCUUCUUACCAUCUCUAUUACGGAACAUCAGCAGGGUCAUACCAGUUCUCCAUGAUGUCUGGGGGAGAUCGGUCACCCCCACGUAUCCUCCCUCCUUGCACUAAUGCUUCCACAGGGUCUACUCUCCUCAACCCCAAUCUUCCAAACCAAAGCGAUGUGGUGGAGGCAGAAGGUAGUCACAGCAACUCCCCUACCAACAUGGGCACCACAGCAAGGCUGGAAGAAGCGGUAUGGCGACCAUAUUGAAUUAAUUAUAAGUAGAGAUGGGCCAGGACUAAAGUGCUUUUUAUCUGCUGAUGCCCAUAGGUAUCCCAUAAAUACCUUUCUUGCCUGUGGGCACUGCCAUGUUUAAACAUCACUUUCAGAAGCAAACGAUCCAAAAGUCAGUACUUCAGGAAUGAUGUCAUGGUGUUAGCCAAUCAGUGAAGGGAUGUCAUUCCAGAAAAGUAGCCUUGUUCAAGGGCUGAACUUCUGGAAAGGAGAACAUUUAAGUUGGUCUAGAGAUAGGGAAGGUGGGUAGAUAGACACCCAGGCUGUUUUCAGACCAGUGGCCUCCAAACAUCCUUGAUUUUGGAGGUCUCCAAAGUCCUAAAAAGUGCUUUAGUUCACUUCUAAUUUUAAGACUUAAAAUCUAACACAAUCUUAGUGAGUAUACUUAAUCAUAUGGACGUGUUAGUUAUAAGGAAGUAUAGGAAGAUUCCCAGAGGGAAACUGUGAAUACUUCUGAUUUAGCAAUGCUGUGAAUGAGAAGUUUUAUAUCUUGGACAUUGACUUUUUUUACCAAGUUAUAUAUUCCAAAGAAUAUGGAUUUUUUUUAUUAUUAUUAAUUUUUUAAGGAUGCAACUCAUCCUGCUUUGCAUCUAACUUCUUUUAUUUCUUUUUUGGCACCUUAUAUAUUGCAAAAAGAUUUCAUUUAAAAAAAAAUCAUGCUUGCUUCUUUAUUGCUUUGUCAACUGAAAGAAUCAGCCCCUUUUCAAUGAGGUAAUUUAAUUUUUUUUCUUUUGGACUUUGUGUAAUGCAAUGGCUACAGCCUUAGGUCAUUUUCAACUACUGUACUAUUAUGAUUUCCUCAAUAUUUAUGCUUGAUGUUUAGACUUUUCUUAUUUGUUGAUACUAUUAUUAUUUAAAUAUGCUCUUUUUUUUUUUUUGGUAGCAGCCAAAGUUAAAUUUAUAACAUUGAAAAAAGGCUGAGAUAACGAUGGGUAACGUGUUGUCUAGUUAUCUAGCCAUAUUGUUUACAUUUUGCUCCAUUUAUUUAAUUUGCCAUUUGAAACCCUAUAAAGUCAUUCUUUUCCUCUGCUGGUCUUUCAACACCAAUGGUCACCUGAAGGAUCAGCAGUAUGGAAGUACAUAAUUUGUAAAGCAGACACAAUGGUAUCAAGCAUCUCUCGUCAACCAAAUAUUUAGGGCCAUAUUCUACUAUUGAUCUUGUCUGGGCUUCUUAUUGACUUUAGUAGGAGUUAAGUACUCAUUCAAGGACAGAAUCUAGCAUGUAGUUGGCACUCCGAGAGUGAAAUCCUGGUGCCAUUUAAGUCAAUUGGAGAUUUGCCAUUGACUUAAAUGGGGUCAGAAUUUCACCCAAUGUUUCCAGCACAACACUCUACAUACCAGUGUACUAAAAAUAAAGAAAUUAAGAAAUCACAAGUAAAUGGAGCUGAAAAGUGCUAUCAGACUCAACUGGAAAGCAGAAUAUCAAACAAGUGGAGUUUAAAAGUUCUGUGGUCAUAUAGUUCUGAAGGAAGAAGAAUAUUCAAAACUGGUGCACAGAAUAUUCUGUCCUGUAGAAAAUUUUAAAUGCAUUAUAAGAGUACUAAUCUGCUAUUAUGGAAUCAUCACUGUUGCCCAUCGUUAACAGCACAAACAUAUCAGAUGUCACUGUAAAUUUUAAGGCACUAUUUUAUUGGAGGGUUUGGUCUGAAUGCAUUUGUUGUACUACUCGUUAAUUACAAACUGCUGAUGUUGACAUGUGUGCAUUCAAAAUGAUCUGAUUGUUAUUUAAUGUACCUCUUAAAGUAGUGAAACAAUUGCAGGUCAACUCAGAAGAAUAUUUGAAAGCAGGACUUCAGAUCAGUGUUUGAUGUUUAAAAAUUUUUUUAAAGGAUUUGAAUUACAAAGAUCCUUGGCUGCAGGCAGCAAAACAGCUGGACUUAUUUAAAACAAUUUGUUUUUCGAGUUUUCUUUAUAUAAAUAUAUAUAUAUAUAUGUUAGGUUUUGCUUCUUUGUUUUGGUCAGAUGCAGAAGCACUUUGGAAUAAAACAAGUUACAAAUUGAAGCAUCUAACAUGGUCAAUAAGGUUAUUCUCAUGCAGAAAAUGGGGGAAUGUUUCAAAGGAUAUCAGUGGAAGCUCAAAGUUAUUUUCUUAUUAUUUAAAAUACGUAAAUUGGCAUUGUCCUUUUAGUUCAACAUAAUUAUAGAUUAAAUUUGCUAAGAACAAAAGAAGUGGAAGACACAGUGUUAAAGUAUAUUUUGAAAGUACAGUGUCCAUACUGAACUUUAACCAGCCUUUGUGACACUUUGCAUAGUCAUUGUCUCUUGUCUCCAGUGACCUUGAAAAAAGUCUUCACUGCUUAGACUGGAAUCCACACAAGCCCUCGUGAAAAAUCAUAAAUUGGCCAGAAAACAAACCACAUCUGUCUUUUGAAAACCAUCCCCCCUUCAUGCCCAGUAGCCACAUACUUUGUUUUUAAGGAAUUGUCUUGAUCAUCAACAAAUGAUGAGGACAAUAUAUGUGGCAUAUCUUUGAGACUGUACAAAAGCACUUAGCAGGUGAAAGAAUGAAGUUUAAGCAAGACAUUUCCUGUAUUCAUGCCUCUCUAAAUUAAUUCAGUUUUAUCAUUCCCAUUGUUGAAUUAAACCUAAAAGGACAAUUCCAUUUCCCUACAAACUGUUCUGCCCCAGCAGAUGGCUCAGGAUUCUAAUCCCACUAAAAUAGACAAUUAUUCAUAUUUUCCCCCAAGGGUUGGGUUUGAAUGUUCCUUUUGCAAAAUAUAAUUUGUAACCAUGUUUGAAACAACCUGGCUUAGCAGUCAAAUUACUGUUAGACUUGAGUAAAUAUAGGACUUGACUCUCAUUUGCAUGAAGGCCCCUUUCCACUGCUCUAUAAAUUACAUUUAUACCCACUCUAAGUCCCCCCCAUUACACAGCCAGAGCAGUCCUUCGUGUAAGUGGCAGUCAGGCCCAUCCUGUCUUACUGCUACUGAGGAUUUUAUGCAUAAUUAUGAUACAUCAUUUUUUGGAAAGGAGAUAAGCAAUUUCCAGAAAGUGGCCCACAGUCUGAGACAGUUGAUAUGUGUCCUGGUUUACCUGUGUCCUUGAAACAUUCAUUAUUAUUUUCUGAGUGACCUUUUUCAUUGAUUUGUUUGAAAAUUCAGAAAUAAUAGAUUAUUUUUUAUUUGAGCAAAAUACUUUCUUGUUUACCUGCAUCAUAACAUUUUUUAGCUUGGUCAGUACUGAUCACUUGGCAUUUUUUUCUCCUUAUUGUAGAAGAGUUGCAUCAACAGACUUACUUGUAUUUAUUGUAAAUAGACUUAAAAAGCUACAUAGCAAAAUAUUGUUAGUGCUUGUAAUUACUCUGCAUUUUUAAAAUUUUUCUGUGUUUUUAAUGAACUUAUCCUUGUGUUGGCAAAAUACUAAAGUGAAGCUUGUUUCUUUCCAACUUAGUUAUUUUAGGCUUCAAAAUUAACUACAUUUUAUUCACUUUUAUAAACAGUUAUAGCAUGGUCUCUGUCAAACACACUUCACUUUUUUUUUUGUAGGGGAGAAAUGAAUGUGCAAAAAACUGUGGGUUCUUUGUGGUUUUCUGGCUGUGACAGUUAUGACUUCAUUUAAAAAAAGAAACUUUCAGUCUGAAAUGACUGUAUGGUAAAUCUGAUAGAGAACGCAAUGGGAAAUGUGAUCCUAUCAGAACAGCAUCAGAGUAUAUUUGUUCAGCGUUUACUGGAUAUGUUUACAAAACAGAUGUUGCAAUGUACUGGAAUGGUCACAUUUUCCUUCAACACUGUCACCCUGAACUUUUUCAGAAGGGGAAACUUUUAAGCACUGGUGGUUUAUUUGUUGUUGUUGUUUUUUUAACCAGAUAGGAAAAGAAAAUGGAGUAGAUUUCCCCCACUACAAGAUGUCUCUAGAUACCACGUCAAAGUAGACACUUACUGUACAUAGUGAAGGCAGUGUCCAGUGCUACAGGAAAAUUCAUGAUGACUAGCAUGCCGAGCAGCUGGACUGCUAACUUAGUUCUAAUGGAGACUUGCUUUCUUUCUUUCUUUGUACCACAGUUUCUUCUGUAAAUUCAAUAUUAUAAUUAGUGUGAAUGACAAAUAAAAUGUUU